AUGUUUGAAGAACUAGAAGACGUUGACUGGGGCUGUGAAUCACCAGUCUCAUCAACUCUGCAUGAUGUUUUAUUCAAUGAAAGGUCAACUAGGUGUGUCUCUGUAAAGAGAAAGAGAAAAUCUCACGAUGAAUCAUGCAAACUGUCAUCUACCAAAAAACCGAGCCCUUUGCAUAGUUUCAAAAAGGAAUUUGCAGGCCCCAAGCCAAGUAAAUCAUCUAGAUCUAGUGGAAUGAAAAAAAAGUUAACAUUUCAAGCUAAGCUGGAGAAAAAAAUGGACGGAGCUCGAUUUCGGUGGAUAAAUGAACAGUUAUACACAACAACUGGAGAAGAAGCAAAAAGAAUGUUUGAAGGGGAUUGUGAAUUGUUUAAAGUUUAUCAUCUUGGGUUUUCAGCACAAGUUUCGAAGUGGCCGGUCAAUCCACUCAAACGGAUACUCAGUUAUGUCCGUAGUCUUCCAGUUGAUUUGGUAGUUGCUGAUUUUGGAUGCGGUGAAGCUAAAUUAGCUCAAAGUGUCCUGCAAAAAGUAUUUUCAUUCGAUCUUGUAGCAUGUAACAGUCAUGUUAUUGCUUGUGAUAUGGCAACUGUUCCACUUGAGGUAGCAACUGUAGAUGUGUGUGUAUUCUGUUUGUCGUUGAUGGGUACCAAUGUUUCUGACUUCAUCAAGGAAGCUCGACGAGUUAUGGUCAUCAAUGGAAAGCUAAAGAUCUGUGAAAUUGUUAGUAGAAUGUCCUCACUUGUGGAGUUUGUUCUAGGUGUGGAAUCAUAUGGUUUCCAACUUUUGUCAAAGGAGGUUUUUAGCACGAUGUUUGUUGACCUAGAGUUCAAAGCGAUUCCUAGAAAGACCAAUGACACGACUCCAGUCGAAAUUAUAUUGAAACCAUGCAGUUACAAAAGACGUUAGUAGGAUUUGUGAA